AUGUCAGACGAAAGGAGUGCUCCUGUCAUUAUCAUCACAGGCACCCCCGGCACUGGGAAAUCGACACAUGCACAACUCUUAGUCGACGAGUCACCCAUCCCGCUGCAACAUAUCAACGUGGGUGAUUGGGUCAAAGAAAAGGGACUCUACGAGGCCUACGACGAGGAAUGGCAGAGCUAUACUGUGGACGAGGACAGACUCCUCGACGAGCUAGAACCUCUUGCAUCGACAGGCGGAAUUAUUCUCGACUGGCAUACAAGCGAGGUCUUUCCAGAGCGGUGGGCAGACCUAGUAGUCGUACUUCGAUGUAAUCACACCCUGCUUUGGGACCGUCUCGAGAAAAGAGGAUACUCUCUGAAAAAGAUCCAAGAGAACAACGAGGCCGAGAUCAUGGAGGUUGUCCUUGAUGAAGCACGUUCGUCUUACCCUGCAGAAAUCGUAGUCGAGCUCCGAAGUGAAAGUACAGAGGAUCUUGAGUCCAACGUCGCCCGCAUCGUGCAGUGGAUCGAGGCAUGGAGAAGAGAUCAUGGACAAUCAACUGAAACAUAG